CCUGUUGCUGGACAGGCUGCUGCUGUUACCCUGGCCCGCGUCGUCGCUGACACUGUUGUCUUUCAUCUUCCACAAGGGCCGGUUGUACGGCUGUAUCUACAGUUUAGCGGACAGAGUAGGGAUUCACAACAGCUAUGUCUGAGGAGGUUGAAGAAACGAGGACUUCGGAAGAUCAGCAGGAAAUGGAGGACAAAGUAAUCAGUCCUGAGAAAGCAGAGGAGGCCAAACUGAAGGCCAGGUAUCCAAACCUCGGAGCCAAGCCUGGAGGCUCAGACCUCCUCAGGAAAAGACUUCAGAAGGGGCAAAAGUAUUUUGACUCUGGUGACUACAACAUGGCCAAGGCAAAAAUGAAGAAUAAACAGUUGCCAUCAGCCCCAACAGAGAAGACUGAAAUCACAGGGGGCCACAUCCCAACACCUCAGGACCUGCCUCAAAGAAAGACUUCAAUCGUGACCAGCAAACUGGCAGGUUGAUGGUUUUAUGUUUACUGUAUUGUUACCAUUCCAACUCCCCACUUUAUAUCUACCUGCCGUUUACGUUUUUGUUUUUCACCUUUGUAUGUAUUCCUUAAGAACAAGUUAUGUACUAAGCCAAAUACUUGAGAAAAAUUGGCAACUGUCAGGCACUGAAUUGUCAGUUAAAUUCAACAAAGAAAAGAUGGAAAAUGUUUCACAAGCUCUUAAAAGACUGAGUAGUGAUUGAUUUCUGAACAUGAUAUCACACUCACGGAUAUGAAUAGAUGUUAAUGCUAUCUUAUUUUCACAGUACAUUUUCACUUUUAAGGAUAUAUGCCUUCAUACAGAUGCCUGUUUAACAACAAAUGAAUUGCCUGUGCAGAGGAUCUGUCUUCAUCACUACAAAGGAAUUUUGUCAGUGAUGAUUAGAGGCAAAAGUACCUCUGAGUUACGACCACAGAGAAUAUGUCAUCUGAGUUUGCAUUGAUGUAUGUGUGAAGUAGAAGUGUAAUUUUUCAGAUAUGCCUUUCAGUUUGAAACUCAAGUGUCCACUGCUCAUGUGGAGACGUCCAUUUAAAUAGUGAAAAGUGAAAUAAUUAUGCUGUUUUUUUUCUAAUCCUUGAUUUUGUUUCUGUCCCCUCCUCUCCCAGUGAAGCAAUUUGAUUCUGUGCUUUUGAAGUACUGAAGAUUAGAUCACCCACACACACACACACACACUUUGUAGCCAGUUGUAUUUUAAUUCAUUUUAGUGACAUUGGUUUGCUAAGACUUGCUGCUGGUUUUCAUCUCAUCUUGACCUCUAAAAUGGCCUUAAAAGUAAUGAACUGUUGUUCCUCUUGAGCAAUAUUUGCUCCCUCAGUGAGAAUAUUAGUUGUGAAUCUUGUCUGAAAUGUCUGUCACUGUCUGACUGGAAUCACUUAGGAUUUUAUGGAAAGAAACUCCCUUGACAUGUCUGGAGUGUGCAUGUGCAUUUACUGUGCAUCACACUGUGCCAUUUGUUUUGUAAAUAAAAUAGUUUUGCAUAAUAUCUUAUAAGAACACUUA